GCGCGCGGACACACAGACAGACAAGGAGCUCCAGAGCCGCGAGCUGGGGACGGCGGUUCCCGAGACGCGCGCGAGCCCUCUUUGAUUUAGCGCCCCGUUAAACCUUCACAGUCACCUGGAGGACUGUAACCUGAAGACGGGAAGGAUUUGAAAUUUGGAAAAUAACUUUUUGAGACAAAUCUCCGAUUUUCUGGAUUAACAAACACAACAACUAUUUGAAAUAAAAGGAUUUCCCUUCAUAUAUUAUAGAGGAGCGGAAGACGUUUCAUUUUGGAAACAACAAGAAAAUAACAGUCGGUGAAUACAUUCAGGAUUUUCUGAACCCAUUUCACGCACUGGAGGCACAUUCGGAACUAACGGACAGUCAGAAGUCAUUUCUGAGUUUGCCCUCUUCGUUUACAUUUAUUUUGCUCAGCAUAAGACGAAAUUUCCGUUUAGAAUAAUUUCCGUUUGUGGACUUAUGACUUGUCACCAGGCUUUUGGAAUUGGUGGAUGCCCUGUGAGCGCACCGAGCUUUGGCCACUGACAGUAUGCAUCAAAAGGACUGGUAGCUUACUCAAGGUUCUUGUGAAUCUCGGGGUCGACUGAUGCAGCCAUGGGCCGAUCGCUGGAUCUUUGAGAGCAACCUUCCUCCCCCUCCUCCUUAACCACGUCCUUUUCCUCAUCCCCCUCCUCCUUCUCUUCUUCCAUUGCGCUAUACAGCUGAAAGUUGAGUCAUCCGAGGCCAGAAACCAGCCAUCAACCUACGAUACCUCUCCUUCCCUUCAUCUGCAAACCAUGACAAGCAUUGUUUCUUGGAUUCCUGGCCAAGCAAGGUGGCCUAUCCCAGUGCUACUCUUGUAUUUUGCCCCUCUGCUGCUGAUGGAGGGUUGGUGCCACGCAGCCCCCUCCGGCCCAGAGUCUGACUCCUGCUCCACCUUAGUCCAGAGCCGCUUCUUCGGCUUCUUCCUUUCGUCAUCAGUCUUCCCCACCAUGCCUUGUUCCUGGACCCUGCAGAACCCUGAUCCGCGGCGCUACACCAUCUUCAUCAAGGUCACUAAACCUACCGAGGACUGCGUGCCGUCACAGCUCCGCACCUUUCAAUACGACUCCUUCCUGGAGACCACGCGCACCUACCUGGGCAUGGAGAGCUUUAAUGAGGUGGUGAGGCUGUGCGAUACCUCUGCCCCGGUGGCCUUCCUGGAGGCCGGAAAGCAGUUCCUCCAAAUGAGGAAGGGACCUCCCCGGGCGGGCACGCCCUUCACGGAUGGCGACGGUGAUUUCAAAACAGAGUACCUGGUGGUGGGAAAGCGCAACCCAAGCAUGGCGGCCUGUCAGAUGCUGUGCCAGUGGCUGGAGGACUGUCUGGCCUCCAGCACAUCUAACAGGCCCUGCGGCAUCAUGCAGACUCCAUGUCUGUGCUGGGAGCCGCCACCCCAGCUCAGUGAGGGGGUUAGCUGUUAUCACAAUGGAGUUUACCUGGAAAACUGUUUACCCAGCGUGAAGGAGAGUAGGAAAGAUGCUGAGAUAAAUGGUGGCUGGAGUGCGUGGGGUCAGUGGGCACAGUGCAGCAGCGAGUGCGGAGGCGGGAUUCAAACCCGGACUCGGGCCUGUCAGUCACCUUUGGAGGAGUCUUACCUGUGUGAGGGUGUGGUAGAGGAGGGCCGGCCCUGCAACUCACAGCCCUGCACGGGCAAAGGUCGCCAUCUCUCUCGCAGCCAAUCGCUUCGCUCGGUGGACAGCCGCAAGCGUGAUGACGUAGACAAGCUCCGCAGCGGACAGCAGAGCCCUCAGACAGUAGACUCAGCUUCAGGUGAGGAGUGGUCAGCGUGGAGUGUGUGUUCUGCCACGUGUGGGGAGGGCUGGCAGAGCCGCACUCGUUUCUGUGUGUCCUCCUCCUACAGCACCCAGUGUAGUGGGCCACUGCGAGAGCAGAGACCUUGCAACAACUCUGCUGUUUGUCCAGUGCACGGCGCUUGGGACGAGUGGUCACCGUGGAGUUUGUGUUCAUCUACCUGUGGCCGAGGUUACAGGUCCCGAACACGAACCUGCACCCCCCCUCAGUUUGGGGGAGAUCCCUGUGAGGGCCCAGAGAAACAGACCAAAUUCUGCAACAUAGCUGUCUGUCCAGUGGACGGAAUAUGGAAUGAGUGGUCCAGCUGGAGCGCCUGCUCUGCCUCCUGCUCCAAUGGGACCAUGCAGAGAACCAGGGAGUGUAACGGCCCCUCGUACGGAGGCUCUGAGUGCAGAGGGGAGUGGCUGGAGACUGUUGACUGCUUUCUUGGGGAGUGUCCAGUGGAUGGUAAGUGGCAGCCGUGGUCUUUGUGGUCGGGCUGUUCUAAAACCUGUGGAGGGGGGAGCCAGCAGAGAAACAGGAUUUGCUAUGGGCCCUUUUUUGGAGGACAGCCUUGUCCUGGAGAACGAGAAGAGGUCCGGCGCUGUAACGAAAAGCGAUGCCCAGAACCUCAUGAAAUAUGUGGCGAGGACAACUUCUCCAACGUUGUAUGGAAGAUGACUCCAGCUGGGGAUACCGCAGCAGUACGCUGUCCUCCCAAUGCCAUGGGGCUUAUCCUGCGCCGCUGCACCCUGGACGAGGAGGGCAUCGCCUACUGGGAGAAUCCCACCUAUAUGAAAUGCAUUUCCAAUGACUAUCGCAGUAUACAAACUUUGACGCGGGAACACUUGUCCAAAGCACAGCGUGGCCUUGUGGGAGACGGCGUUUCAGAGGUGAUGACCAAGCUGAGGGUGACGUCCAGCGAUGGGACCAGCUACAGCGGUGAUCUGCUGGCCAUCGUGGACGUACUGAAGAACAUGACAGAGAUCUUCAGGAGGGCAUACUACAGUCCUAGCAGUGCAGACAUGAGGAACUUUGUGCAGUCAGUCAGCAAUCUGUUGAUGGAAGAGAACAGGGAGAGAUGGGAGGAAGCACAACUGCUGGGGCCAAACAUCAAAGAGCUGUUCCGUCUGGUGGAGGACUUUGUCGAUGUCAUUGGCCUGAGGAUGAAAGACUUUCAAGACAUGUAUGAAGUCACCGAUAACCUAGUUUUGAGCAUCCACAAGCGUCCGGUGGUGGGUCAUGCAGACAUCAGCUUCCCUAUGAAAGGCUGGAGGGGCAUGGUGGACUGGGCCCGCAGCUCCGAGGACAGAGUCACCAUCCCCAAGAACAUUCUGUCGACCGGCAAGCCAGAUUCAGAUGAGUCCUCGACGUUUGUAACCGGCAUCGUUUUGUAUAGAAACCUGGGCAGCAUUCUGACUCUGCAGAGAAACAGCACAGUCCUCAACUCCAAGGUUUUAUCAGUGACCAUCAAGCCCACUCCUCCAUCCCUCUCUGCUCCAGUUGUAGUGGAGUUCUCUCACCUGUACAACGGCACCACUAACCAGACCUGUAUAUCCUGGGACGAGAGCGACAGCUCCUCUCUGCUGGGAUCCUGGUCUGCCAGGGGCUGCAAAGCCGUGCUAGUCGACUCAUUCAGAACCAAAUGCGUGUGUGACAGACUGUCCACCUUCGCCAUUUUAGCACGGCUAAAUCCCGAAAUGAACAUGGAUAAGACACAGCUCCCAUCUGUGACGCUGAUCGUGGGCUGUGGAGUGUCUUCACUGACAUUGUUGCUGCUCAUCAUCAUCUAUGUGUCUGUCUGGAGGUACAUUCGGUCUGAGCGCUCAGUCAUCCUCAUUAACUUCUGCCUCUCCAUCAUCUCCUCCAAUGCCCUUAUUCUCAUUGGACAGACACAGACACGGAAUAAGGUCUUAUGCACCCUGAUUGCUGCAUUUCUUCAUUUCUUCUUCCUGUCCUCGUUCUGCUGGGUUCUGACGGAGGCGUGGCAGUCGUACAUGGCGGUGACGGGCCGCCUCAGGAAUCGUAUCAUACGCAAGCGUUUCCUGUGUCUCGGCUGGGGUCUCCCUGCACUAGUAGUGGCGAUCUCAGUAGGAUUCACCAAGGCAAAGGGAUAUGGAACACCAAGCUACUGCUGGCUGUCUCUGGAAGGAGGUCUCCUCUAUGCAUUUGUUGGACCUGCUGCAGCUGUUGUCUUGGUUAACAUGGUUAUUGGGAUUCUCGUUUUUAACAAACUGGUGUCCAAAGACGGCAUUACUGAUAUGAAACUAAAGGAGAGGGCGGGUCAGAUGACAGUGCCACUGUACAAUAUGACGCUCAAAUGUGCCAAGUGCGGAGUUAUCUCUUCGGCUGACGUUUCCACCACAGCUACCAGUAACGCCAUGGCAUCACUCUGGAGCUCCUGUGUGGUUUUGCCCCUCCUGGCCCUCACAUGGAUGUCAGCCGUCCUCGCUAUCACUGACCGGCGCUCUGCACUCUUCCAGAUCCUCUUUGCUGUCUUUGAUUCACUGGAAGGUUUUGUCAUUGUCAUGGUGCACUGCAUCCUGCGCAGAGAGGUUCAGGAGGCAGUGAAGUGCCGUGUGGUGGACCGCCAGGAGGACGCUAAUGGAGAUUCAGGAGGAUCUUUCCAGAAUGGCCACGCUCAGCUCAUGACUGACUUUGAGAAAGAUGUGGAUAUGGCUUGCAGAUCAGGCACUAUGAAGCGCUCAUCUCUCCAGGGGGACGAGAAGGCCUCCUCUGGGACCCUCACCCUUCAGAAGGGUUCUAACUUUAACACCAUGCCGGCCAGCAUGGCCAAGGUCCACCUCCAGAACGUGGCUGACUACACCAGCCACACUCUGACGCUGCGCAGGGAGAAGGGCGCCGCUAAGGGAAUCAGCACCGAGCUGCCGGGCGCCAAAUCCAUCUACAUCUGUGACGGCGAGCUCUUCAAGCAGCUGGAUGGGGAGCCGCCUCGAGGGAACGGCGAGGGCAGCAGUUCUGAGGGCACUGGCAAAGGCCCGGGGUACGUCAUUCUACCGACCAACAACACAGGCACCCUGAAGCCAGCCAAGGGAAAAGAGGAGCAAACAGCCAAGUAUAACAUCAGCAUCGAGCAGCUGCCUCAGACCAGGCUCAUCCACCUGACUAACCCUGUCAGUGGAGAGCCAGUGCCUGGCUUUGGGCUGAAGAGCCUGCCUGCUGACCAGAUCAGUGUGUCAUGCUCUGACAGAGACUCACCUGCACACAACCUGCAGAAUAUGCCCAGAGACUCCCAAGUGGCCAACAGCAUGUGUGAUGGGGGAGAUUCUGGAAACUCUGGUGUGAUGUCCAAGAGUGAGACCGUCUCCACACUGUCCAUGAGCUCACUGGAGAGACGAAAAUCACGCUAUGCAGAGCUUGACUUUGAGAAGAUUAUGCACACCCGGAAACGCCACCAGGACAUGUUUCAGGACCUGAACAGGAAGAUUCACAGUGCAGACAAGGAUAGAGAAUCUCCACCUGUUGACGCCAAAGCUGCCAAAAGAUGGAGUGUGUCCUCUGCCAGCAGUGACAAGACCAACAUGAGUGUUUGGGACUGGAUUGGCUGGGAACUAGUCUCUCUACAAAGUCACCAACAGCAGGACAAGCAGCAGACCCCGAGUAAGAGGGCGUGGGAGUGCAUCAGGAAGUCCCACUCCCCCCCAUCCUGGGUGAGGAAGGACCUGGAGACAGUGGCGGCCUCCCCUCUGGAGCUGCAGACGGUGGAGUGGGAGAAAACCAGCGCCACCAUUCCUCUGGUGGGCCAGGAGAUCAUGGACCUGCAGACAGAGGUGUGACCCAGAUUCCGGCCUCACACCCACAACUUCCUUUUUAGCCAAUGCUCUCAGACAAACAAGCAGACACACCACACACACUGCCCUGCUCUGUACUUCUACUCAACGGCUGGACGAGGCCCACGGCGAGAACGUGAGGAGGAAGGAGGGCGAGGAGGAAAGAGAAGCGUCACAAUAUCAGAAAAUCAACUAAACCAAUUAAAGAGAGAACGGAAACAUGGUGUCUCCUUCCAUGUUGUUUCAUUUGAUGUUUGGAUGGUGUUUUCGUCUGCAAAAUACUGGUCAUCUUGUAUAUGGUCUCGGAUAGCACGCUGGCUCACAUGGGAGACAGAUUGCCAAAGUAGCAGAUUCAGCUACUAUAUGUGCAUCAUAUAGUCAUGUAAUAAACCGCAUAGCAAAGGUAAUCAUGUGAUGUUUUCCCUGUAUUAAAUGAAUACAAUGUAAUAAUCAUGAUUAUGUCUCUUUUUUUUCCACUGUUGAGAGUAUCCUUGCAUCACUGUUCUGCUCUCUCUUUCUCCUGAUGAACGCUGAUGUUGUACACGCCUGGACAUGCCUGUGGAAUUAUUUUUUCUUCAACAUCAAUGUCAAAACGGUAAACGAACAAAAGUUUGAGGAGGCAGACUGCCAAGCAUACACCCAUGUGCCCCCCCCAACCCAAUGCCCUUCCCUCCCCGGUACAACUUACCCCAAUCCUUUUGGCUCCACCACUUUAUCCCCCGUGAUCCUGGUGGGGCAAGGUCGGCCCUCCAGUAACAAGUGGGGGGGAUGGGGGGGGUGGGGGACUUUAAAGAAAUCAAAGACAUCACCCUGAGCCAAAAUGGCAUGUUGCCUUCUCAUCGAUGGACACCUCAGAGACGCCAGAGAGCAGGCCGGCGGGCUUUGUGCUCUAAUCGGCCCUCAACCUCAAUGGUGCCCACAGAGGGACAACAUGGACGUCAGCAUCAGUGCGUCCAAUAGGAGCCACGUUCAACAAACACAUGCUGUUUGGGUCAGUUUCUCGAUGUACAAGCAGGCUUGGUACAGUAAAUGCAAAUACAGUGUUUCAAAGAUGCUAAGAAAAGGUACUUAGGUGUGUAUGUAUGUGUGUGUUGAGCAAUGAAAGAUGAGUAAAUGACUAGAUCUUUAAAUAUAUAUGGGAUGAUCAUUAAAGGUGAUGAUAUAAGGCAGUGUUUCUCAGAGGGAUGGUGGUCGCACACAGAGAAAGCACAAGGCUCAUUUGGAGUCCUGAUGUACAGCAUUGUAAUUAUUUCAACAGAGUUCUACAGAAUGGAUUUUAGCCUAUAAAUAUCUUUCUUACUGUGCUUGGGGAUAGUUGUUCUCAUUAUUAUUAAUAUGAACAUGAUUAUUCUGAUACUGAUCCUCCCAUUCCCUCCCCCUGUCCUUUCAGGGUACUGGACUAUACGAGUGUUCUGUAUCGCAGUGUAACAGUGUGUGUUUUGAUAUCACCGCCAGUCACUCCCUCAGAUCUGUAUUUGUCAAAACCCUGACCCCCUGAUCUGCACCCCAUCCUCCACACACACCACCCUCCCACCUCCCCUCACUCCCCUUUUUAAUUUACUGGGGUCGCCUCUUUGUUAAUGUACAGUUUUCAGAGCACAAAAUGAAUGUGUCUUAUUUCUAAUAAAAGCAUAUAAGCAUAUAAUAAAACACCA